UCUGCGGAGACACCCUCCCUCCUUCCUGGGGGUCCGGGGCGCCUAGCCCGGCGUGGAGGGAGGCUCCGCUCGCGAGGGACAGGGAGGGAGGAGCCUGGAACCGGAGCCAGAGCCACCCGUCGCCGGAUCAACAAGACAGGACAGGUUGAGGGGCGUCGGGGAAGGAAGAGGGUGCUAUAGGCUAUCCCGGGGAAGCCCUGUCGCAGAAAGCUCUGACGCGCCCUGACUUGUAGGGAGCCUGUUCACAUUCGGGGACUGGUGAUAACGUGGGUGCACGCCUCUCGGGGGGCUGGUUGGAUUGGAGGGCGUGGGAUCUAAACAAGCACCAGCUGUCCCCGAGGAAAUUAAGGGGCAACCCGGGGGGGGGGGGCGGGAAACAACGGAUGCUCCUUGUCGCGAGGUGACAGAGGCCCUCCAGACAACCACCUACCUGGUGAACCCACCAGGAAGGGUGGAUUUGGAGGUGACUUCAAAAGGAGUGGGGGGUAACAAGGUGAGGAAGGGGGUUCAGCAGCUGGGAACCAUGUGAAAAAAGGUAUUGCCCAGAGACAGGGUCGGGGAACCCCUAAUCGCUGAGCGGGGGACAGCCUGGGCUUCCCCAGACAUAGUUUUGGGGGACUUCAGUGGAAAAAAGUGGGGGACCCACAUGGAAGGUGGCAAAGACACCAAGGUUGGGUUCCUCCCUGACAUUGGCAGUGCCCCAGUAGGGAUGAGUCAAAGCUAAGGACCCACACCCUUUAGAUUACAAGGGUGGGUUUGGCAGGAGUGCGGGUCCCCAAAAUAGGGUGGAAAGGUGCUUCGGGGUAUUGCAACCACAUCUUGGAAAUUUUGAGGGUCUUGACUUUGGGAUAAGGGAAGAGGGGACAGGGACACCGGAGAACAGGGAAAGGGGGUAGUUUUCAGUAGGGGGCAAAAGUCCAGGGUGGGGUCAACAGAGAUACAUAGGCUGCUGGAUCCAGUGGGGCUAGAACGGGGCCCAAGGGUGGGAGCUGGCGGCCGAGGGGUGGCGGGGGGCAGGGGCCCUGGGGCUUAUCCUCAGCUCCAGUGGGUGGGGCGGUGAGUUGGGACCCCAGCGUCAAGAGCAUGCCCCGGUGAGCGCGCUGGGGGCGCCUGCCGGUUUGGGGGUGUCUCCUCCCGGGGCGCCAUGGCGGCGCUGGCCAGUAGCCUGAUCCGGCAGAAGCGGGAGGUCCGCGAGCCCGGGGGCAGCCGGCCGGUGUCGGCGCAGCGGCGCGUGUGUCCCCGCGGCACCAAGUCCCUUUGCCAGAAGCAGCUCGUCAUCCUUCUGUCCAAGGUGCGACUGUGCGGGGGGCGGCCCGCGCGGCCGGACCGCGGCCCUGAGCCUCAGCUCAAAGGCAUCGUCACCAAAUUGUUCUGCCGCCAGGGUUUCUACCUCCAGGCGAAUCCUGACGGGACCAUCCAGGGCACCCCAGAGGACACCAGCUCUUUCACCCACUUCAACCUGAUCCCCGUGGGGCUCCGUGUGGUCACCAUCCAGAGUGCCAAGCUGGGUCACUACAUGGCCAUGAACGCCGAGGGGCUGCUCUACAGCUCGCCGCAUUUCACAGCUGAGUGUCGCUUUAAGGAAUGCGUCUUCGAGAAUUACUACGUCCUGUAUGCCUCUGCUCUCUAUCGCCAGCGCCGCUCUGGCCGGGCCUGGUACCUGGGCCUGGACAAGGAGGGCCGAGUCAUGAAGGGAAAUCGAGUCAAGAAGACCAAGGCAGCGGCCCACUUUGUGCCCAAGCUCCUGGAAGUGGCCAUGUACCGGGAGCCAUCUCUCCACAGUGUCCCUGAGACCUCCCCUUCCAGUCCCCCUGCCCCCUGAAAUGUAGUCCGUGGACUGGAGGCUCCUGGCACUUGCACGGAGCCAGCCACAGCCACAGCCUGUCUCCCAGCCCUGCUCCCGGCCCCGCCCCCACCCGUGCCGCCACACUCAUGCCCUGAGCAGCCAGGUCCCACCAGGUGCUCGAUCCUGAGGGAGCCAAGGGGCUGGUUGUGACUCCCCAGGCUUCCCUGCUCCUCGGGCCUGGGAGUUCAGAGAGGGGGAGGCUGACAGUGAUCCUGGCUGAUCCCUUCUUUCCUUCCACACUCACAGCCCCGCAAAGCCUUUUCCCAAGAAGGCGCCCGGGUUCCCAAAAUGACAGAACCAGGACAUAAAUAUUCCCCACCCCGGGGCUCAGCCAGUUCCUGGAGCCCUAUGCCCUUUUCAUUGCCACUGAACCAUAGAUUUAUAGGUCUAAUGGAGCUCAGGAUCAGUUUCCUUUUUUCCAUCCUCCACCUUCUGCCUUGUUCUGGACAGGUUCUGGAACACCAGGCACCCUAGCCAGGGCCCUUUUUGCACUCAGGCUCUGGGCUGGAAUGCUGGCAUGCUGCCAGGCUCUGUUCUGGAUCCAUCAGGCUUCUGUCCUUGACCCAGAUGGACCCCCUGGUUUCCAGGUAGAGAGGGGCUGGGUAUGAGCCCUGUCCAGCUGCUGACCUUGGCCUGAACUAGGACCGGUCCCAGAACACCACAGUUUUAACUUUCUUAUCCCAAAGACACCCACUGCUAGAGCAUGGUGUUCUAGACACAUAUGGAGCCAUACUUCCUCCUGAAUCUCGGCUCUAGGACGUAGACCAGGACUCAGCCCUUUCCUCCAGGAUGGAAACGAGGCCUGAAUAGCCAUAUUAAUGCUCAUAUAGAGGAAGCUCUAGACCCAUCCCCCUACCUUCUCUAGUAAUGCGUUUCUUGGUGAAUCAAGAAACACUUCUUGUUUUUCCUAGGUUUUCUAAAAAUCUGAUUCUUCCUAUAGAAUGCUAACCUUAUUUAUACAUGCAGUUUCUAGCUCCUGCAACUCAGCUGGGGUCCCGCCAGGGAAACAGAGUCUGAGGAAGGGCAGAGGAGUUUGGGCAGGAAUCCUUGGCUCAUAGUAGGGAGGUUGGGAUGGGCAGGGGGCCACAACCAUGGCUUGUUUCGGCUGUGCUUGGGUUGGGGGGGGGGGGGACAUGAACACUUAGCUACCUCAGCAGGAAUUCCUCCCAGGUCCCCUUUAAAGCUGAGGUCUUUAGGGUAAUGAGUCUAGAAUAAAAAGGAUAAGAGGAGGGACACAACCUUGAUCCCCCAGUGCAGAGACCCCAGUUCAGCAAUAAGUUCCACCCCACUCCCCUACCAAUCAGGCCAAGGAAGGCGAGGGCCUCUCGGGGCUCUAGACCUCAUAUACCCCCAGAGCUUCUAACUGACUAGAACUUGCUUAACUUACAGCUUAUAACCUCAGCUAAGUUUUAGGUACCCAAAAAGGACCUGACUAGAUUUUCCCAAAAAAGCGUGGAGAGCUUGGGGUAGGCCUGGAAAAGACCAGGAAGCCACCAGUGACUAGGAGGGACACUCUGAGUAGCCUCAGACCUGGGCAGGGUAGAGGAGAGGGCCCUAAAGGGAGGGGCUGGGGCUCAGAGGCUGGUCACUUUUCCUCAGGCUCUAUUUCUGGCUUGUUGCAAGAGGGGCGCAUAUUCCCCUCACCCACACAGACCCCGCUCAGGCUCCACCCGUCUCCUGGCUCUGCUCCCAGGGGACAGGGUCUCCACUCCAUGCUUUCUCAAUUAAAGACGAUUUGUACAACGA